GUCAUUUCUCUGACCCACGUUUUUUGCGAACAUUUCCUCAAUCUUCAUGUAGUUGUUUAUUGUACUGUACUGCGUACUAGCAUGCUACAGCUCGUGAUUUUUUUAAUUUAUUUUUUUAUUUCCUUCAGUUUAUCGCUAGCGUCGGAAAAUGACAUCUUAAAAUAUUUAACUUUUGUCUCUUCACGAGUUAAACGCGGAGAUUAAUAACUUUAGUUUUUAUAAUUCAGAUUUUGCCACAAAUAUGGCAUCAAAAUCAAGUAUAGACUAUGAAGCGAUUCCAAUAACAGCUUUAAACUGUAGUUUUCGAAAGAAACUGGGGCUGUAUUUGAAUCCAACAAACGCAGUGGCAGCAGACUGGAGGACAGUCGCCGAAAUGAUGGACUUCACCUACCUGGAGAUCAAAAACUUCGAGAACAGAGAGUAUCCCUUUGAAAAGGUGUUAAAGGAGUGGGAAACUCGUCCAGAGGCAACAGUAGAAAAUUUGCUGUCGAUUUUAAAAAAAGCUGAAAGGAAAGAUGUUAUAUCUGACCUCAAAGAUAUGAUAGAUGAUGACUGCAGGAAGUAUUUGGAAAGACAACAGCGGAAGCCUGUCCAGGUUCCAGUGGUGGACAGCUGUGGGCCGCGCACACAGGAGCGAGAAGGCAUCACACUGUAUGAUGAUCCACAAGGACUGACACCGGAGACCUUUGAUGCUUUCAUCUGCUAUUGUAAGAGUGACUUCCAGUUUGUGCAUGAGAUGAUCAAAGAGUUGGAACAGACUAAAUACAACCUGAAGCUGUGUGUCUUUGACCGAGACGUCCUUCCUGGCACGUGCGUGUGGACCAUCGCCAGUGAGCUCAUAGAGAAAAGGUGCAAGAGGAUGGUGGUAGUCAUUUCUGAUGACUAUCUGGACAGUGAUGCAUGUGACUUUCAGACCAAGUUCGCACUCAGCCUUUGCCCAGGAACUCACUCUAAAUGUCUAAUCCCUGUUGUCUACAAAACCAUGGAGAAGCCUUUUCCCAGCAUUCUCCGUUUUCUGACCAUCUGUGAUUACACCAGACCCUCCACACAGGUCUGGUUCUGGACCCGGCUGGCCAAGGCGCUUUCUCUGCCCUGAUCUUUUCUAUAGACACUGUUACAGGUUUACUGUGCAGUUAUCACUGGGUAAAGCUAUUCUCUGGAGGAUGAAGGGAAAAUACCUCGAGUGAUCUUUGCUUGCUUGGGAGAGUUUCUCAGACUCAGUAGUGAGUCCAGCUCAUGAACAUUUCAAGAAAGGUACUUUUUGUGGUAAUUACGACAGAUACGUCUGCCUUAAUCAGAAGCUUGCUCAGUUUCCAAAGCAAAUCCCUACAAACGGUUGUUCAUUUAGUUUCUUGUCUUGUUCGCAUUGUGCAGAAGUGUGUUUAUUUUGGUGUUUUUGUAUGUGAAAUCUGAAAUUGCAUCAGCUAUUUCAUUUUAUCUCUGAUUUGCUAUCGCUAAGCUUUUUGAAGUGAUGUAUGUAGUAGUAUGGGCUCUUAAGAAACACUUUUGCUCUGAUGUUUUAAUAUGUCUUUCAUACUGGAAGUGUUUUGUGAUAUAAAAUAUAUUUGUGUAUGUUAUGUUUGAACAUUGUGUUACUCAACAUUUUUAGGUAGCAGCGUAAUAGAGAUUUACAGAUCUUUAUCUUGGCCACACUGUUGUGGUUGGUUAACCAUGUUUUUACAUCUUCAGUACCUUAAUCUUUCUUUGACGGUACAUGAUCAUCAGCUGUUAGAUCAGACUUUGUUUUAUAUGAAAACAACAGAACUUUUAUAUUGCGUUCACAUGUUUUACAGCAUUGUACAUACAGAUAUACUGGCUGCUAUACAUAUAGUAUUAAUGAUUACUCAAAAACGUAUUCAUAUCUCAUUUUGUGUAUUAAGAGCAGGUUGCCACGUUUACCACACUUCCUGUUAGUGGACACUUUCUACUGAAGCAGGGAAAAAUUAUUUUGAAAAAAAGAAAAAAAAAAAGCCUUGUGAAGCUCAUUAGAAAAACAAACCAGUCGUAACCUCUGCUGCAAACCUUGCAGAUUUUAAGAUAGAAGUGUGUACAGUAUGUGUGUGUGUGUGUGUGUGAGAGACAGUUACAAGAUUUACAGCAUACAUUAUAUGCUUUUUUCUCAAACAUGUUUGGUUAUUGAUUGUACAGACUGUGGGGUUGAUACUAUGAAUAGAGUGACUUCUGAGUUGCUACUGAACCAAUGACAGUGAAGCACAGUAUUUAUAAUGUCUCAAUUUUUUUAAUCAAAUAAUAAAAUUCAGUUUAGUUUUUGUCAUGUCCCUGGGUGCAGUGCACAUCUAUCAUGGACUUUAUUAAAGUAUUCUUGAGAAUAUUGUUGCAGUUGAUCCUCAUUAAAUAGAAUUUUCCCGCGUUUUCAA